AUACAUAAAUUUUCUUAAAUUUUUUUUAGUCAUAUAGUUUAUAAAUAUGGGAGAUUGGUCAGAAAUUGAAAAUUUAUCUAAUUUUUUUAAGAAGAUUCAGGAGGAUACUCAUAUAAACAGAUUAUCUGAUAAUAAUUGUAUUGAAAUUGUGAAUAAAUUAAGUGGAAAUAAUCUUAUACAACUAAUUUUUACUACAGAUGGGAAAGAGUUCAUUACCCCAAAACACCUGAUAAAGGAAAUUAAAGAGGAAUUACAAGCUUCUGGAGGUAGGAUUAAUGUUGUAGACCUAGCAACCAUAUUAAAGCUUGACCUUAAUCAUAUUCAAAAUGCUGUAACAGAUUUACUAAAACAAGAUAAUUCUUUGAAAUUUAUUUUGGGACAAAUUAUUAGCAAGCAGUAUGAACAAUCUAUAGCUGAAGAAGUCAAUCAAAAAUUAUCUCUACAUGGCAUUUUUUUUAUCAACGACUUAGCAAAAUCCUUUGAUCUUCCUGGGGAAUAUAUUCAUAAUGUUAUUAAACACAAUUUACUAAAAACGAUUCAUGGUAUAUAUGAUAAUGAUGCAAAGACAUUGUAUACUGAAAAUUAUGUCAAUAGUCAAAAGUGUAAACUUAGGGGCCUCUUGAUAGCCACAACAAAACCUAUGAAUUUGGAAUAUCUGACUUCUCAUUAUCAAAUCAAUGAAAACUUGAUUAUAAACCUUGUUGAAAAACUCAUAGUUGAUAAUGAGGUAAGAGGCAUUUUACAGGGUAACAAGAAAGACAAAUUAAUAUUUAUCAAAUAUAUUCCACUGAUAUUCACUAAUAUGCAAAGGUGUUGGGUAUUAUCAUACUAUAGUCAGAAUAAAUAUCUAGAAUAUGAUGGACUACACAAAAUUAGUAUAUUUGAUCCUAAGACAUUUGUUACUAAAAUAUUAAAUGAAGAAUUAAAUGAUACCAACCAAAUUCCAAUAUUUCUUAAUGAUUCUUGCAUUCACCAAUCUAUUUUAGAUACAAUAUUAUCAAAUAUUGAAAUAAAUCUAUCAUCAUCACACUAUUGUGACAUUCUAGAAAUGAUUCCAUCAUUUAUGACCAUCAGAGAUGCACAAACCAUAGUCAACCUAUUCAGAAAAUGUCCUAUUGCUGCAAAAUAUAAAUUCAUUGAUGAUGCAACUUUUUUGUGGGAUAGCCCUAAUGUUAACACCAAUGAGACUUUGCUACUCACAGAAGAUGCCACUUUUCUCCUUGCCAAAUGUUUUAUAAUCUCCUGUUCCAAACUUUUCUCAGAGCCCAUCAAAGAAAAGGCUCAGAAAAACUUUCAAAGCCAUACGCCCUAUCUCUUAUUUGAUGAAGAUGUGGAGAACGUAAAUAAUAGCCUUGCCAAGGUAGGCAACAAAAAUUUGGUCGAUAACGGCUUCGCUAACGAAAACGAAACUAAUGGCGUCUCCAGGAAAGAGGAACGAAAGAAAAGAUCUAGCACGAAAAACCAAGGUGGUGGUUCCCAAAAUUCUCGCGCCCGAGAACACAAGACCAAGAGUGUUACGUCUGGCAAAAAUGUUCUCGCUCAGCAGAGACUGAAAAAUCUUGAAAAUUCUAAAAACGAAUCUGGUAGCCCCGCGAAAGAAAUAGCUUUCGACAUUGAUGACAUACGCGAAAAAAUCAGUGAAAACGUGUUUAAUAACUUCAGAGGACGCGAAGACGCAGGCGACGAGCGGUUACAGUCGGUGCUCGAUCUUAUAGGCCAAAUUUUGAGCCAACCAAUAAAUCAAGAAUACGAGGAGGAGUGCAAAAGGCUCUACCUAACGUCCGUCACUUGCAAACGCGUCGAAACUAAGCAAGAAAUGGAGAAAAUUCAGGAACGAAUUAAUGAAUUGUAUCACAAAAUUACAGUAUUUCAAAAGGGCGUUCAACUGUUUAUUAGUCAUGAUAAAAUCAAGGAUGACCUGAACAAAUACCUCCUAAAAACAGUCGGUUGCGAAUUAUUCGAGCAACUGCUGAUAAUCUGCAAACUUCAAUACAGUCAAACGUCACAUCAAAAAGGACCCGAUAUUACAAAUACUACCACUAUUGAAGGGAGAAGGAAAGCUAUAAUGGAAUUUCCCGACGCUGUUAAAACUCACCUAAGCAACAUCAGCAAAACGUUAGUCCAGAAUGACGCGUCCGCAUUUUUGAACGAGUUACUGGAUAUAUCACAAACAAAUUCCUUGAAUAUUAUCCUAAAAAAACUGGACAAGAAAAAAGAAAAGGUCAUCGUUCAAAACUAUAGACAAGAGUUAUUGGAGAAAUUGAAAGCCAUGUUCAACGAUUUGUCGGAAUCGAAUGCUCCCCUCAAAUUUCACUUGUUAACGCUUAUCACAUUUUGUGAACAUACCAAGUCCGCCCUUUGCGCUUCCGGGAAAUUCGUACCCAAUAUGAUUGAUCAAUUAGCCCUCCUGCCAUCUAUCCCACCCGAGAUAAAAGAAAUGUUUAUGGAGUGUCAAAGGCUCAUAAUUUCAGAAUACUCAACGUCUCAUCAACAAAAUGGUUCUGCCGAUGGUGAUCGGGAAAUUAAUAAAAAUCACGUGGAUGAGGAUGUGUUGACCGAGAAACUCUUAAUGCUCAAAAAUUCAGUUCUUAAAGAAUAAAUUUGAUUUAAAGGAUGCAUGAUUUUUUAAAAAUAUAUAUACGAAAUGUAAUUUAUUUAUGGAUAUGAAUGGAAUUAUAUAUUUCGACCUCUUGAUUUAUUUUUUAAAUAUUAAUCAUAUUUAUUUUUUUUAAAUUGAGAUUACUCUAUAUUUAAUGACAUAUAAUACUAAUAAGACUGACAAUUGUGUUAAUAAUUGCUAAUUAGCUGGUGACAGCCAUUCUAGUCUCCUUUAUUUAAUUAUUUAACAUUUUAUGAAAACUAUUAUUUAUUACGUAUUCUUUUGCAAGGGACCCAAAAUGGUGCCAUCACCAGAUUUGUAUUUCAAUUGAACAUAUUUUUCCAUUUAUUAUAUAUGAAAAUUGAAAUGUACCCCCUUUAUUUUUUUUUUUAUUAAAUACCCGUAUUCCUUUUUUUUACAUA